UGAAAAAAUUUGUAGGUACUUGUAACGAUAUGUCACGAUGCUGCAUUGUCAGAUACAGUAUUUAUACAUGCAUGCUAAAAAGUUAAAUCUCGUAGUAAUCAAUAUAGCAGAAGAAUAAUGAAGAGUACAUACUACAAAAACUGUGCAAUUUGUAGCAAGAUUAAUUUUUGUUUAACAGCUGUUUUUAUUACAUUUUAUUUCGUAUUAUUACUACCAAAUACUGCUACCGUUUGUUAAUGUUAUGCACAUGGUUAUCUUGUACUUGCAAGUAAAUGAAACAUUUAAAAAAAAAAUAAUGAAAAAAUAAGUCAUUUAGGCUAUUUGAUAAUAACAUGCUAAAUGAACAGGUUUUGCUUUUUAAUUCUCCUUCACUCAGUCUUUGUAUAAUGUAUAUUUUUAGACGAGCUGAUCGCCAACCAGGAGAUCAGAAUGAUCGCAUCUGCUCCUGCCACUUUAAGGAUGGUAAGAAGGAGGGGGACUCUGCAUAUUUUGCAUGGAAUGAAGGAUAGGCCAUGGAUUUCUCUGAUCCUGAAUGUACAAAAAGGAGGAAAAAACUCAAAAGUGAGGAGUCCCUGUCAUCUUCACAGAUGGACCAGUUGCAGAUUCCACAAGCACCAAAAUGUCAAUAUCAAGAAAAAUUGAUAUCAGAGCACAAAUACUCAGUAUCCUGCACAUUUAACUGUACUCAAGAAAUGCAGCGCCUCUCAACAGAAAUACAACUGGAAAAGGAAUUGCUUGCCCUAAGAAUAGAGUCUAGUAAAAGGAAGCCAAUAUCAAUCCACGAUAUUAAAUACAACGAAGAGAAGGUCUCUGAUCAGCAGGGGCAUUUUCUCUAUAUAAGAAGAAAAUGGAGACUCCCUACCCACCCGAUGUAUUUUGUCGGACAGUUUUCUGUACAUUGCAGUCACCAAUAUAUCCAAAUAUCAUCACCGGCCCAGACGUCAUUCACUCCUUUGAAUUGUGCUGGUAGCAGUAAGGUGUCAUCAUUUGAGAUGGUCACAGUAUCCAAUACACUGAAGUCACAGGACUCAAAUUUCAUACAUUCUCUGCCAAAAUCUUUUGAGGAUUUUUCCUCUGCUAGAGCAUCCAUGGAUGCAAUUGAAACAAUCCAGGACAUCCCAACACAUAUGGAUAAUCAGGCCAUGGCCUACAGUAUGUACAAAAGUUGCCAUACUUUUAAAGCAGUAACUUGCGUGCCUCCAAAUGGUGCACUUACAUUUUGCUCCAUGCUGUACCCAGGUUCUACUUCUGAUGUAGCUAUUGUACGUCACAGCCAAGUUUUACGAAAGUUCAAAGCUGGAGACCUUAUUUUGGUGGUCAAAGGUUUCACCAUUCAUGACCAGUUGCCCCAGGAUGUCUGCUUAAUUAUAAAAGCUCUUUUAUCGACACGAGGCCAGUUUACCAUACAAGAAGCAGCACUGUGUUACAAGAUUGCUAAAGCACUUAUUCAUGUGGAAAGAGCCAACGAGAGGAUAAAGAAUUACAAGAUUCUCCGUCACAUACCAUCUACUUACAGACCAAUCUCAACAAAAAUAUUUCAACUCUGUUCUUGUCUAACUUGUAAACUUGCAAGCUCCACUUUUGAAAGAAAUUACUUAAAGAUACAUGUACUUAUUAUAAAUUUGCAUUGGCGUGUGACAGUAUACACUAAACAGUGAAGAUAUUCAUACCAAAGUGCAAGGGAUAAGCAAAUUUUGAUUUGUUAUCAAUGUCAAUGGUUAUAUUUAUUAACUUUGUAGUAUGUUGUAAUACAUAUACUUCAGAAAAUGAAAAUCCCUUUUGUUAGCAUGGAUUUAUUACAAGAAUGUUUGGCAAUUCCAUUCUUCAUUUGACAAUAUAAUUUGGAAGAGGGUUUACUUAUAAUUUUAAAUCUCUAGUUUAAAGUAUAUUUACCUUUAAAGCACAACUCAACAAAUUCAUGUUUUCAACAAUUUAUCUAUUAAGAAAGACCAAAAUGUUACAUUUUCACUUUGAGAAUAACAUCUUCAAUUCAUUAAUAAAAUGAUUCUAAAUUUU